CAUUCGUAAAGGUCCUCUUUCAUCUUCACAACUUUCACCUCAACCAUUACACCAGAUCAUUCAUUCACUAUCACCAAUAGCUCACAAUGUCAUCUGAGCAAUACGUCCUCUUUGAUCUCCCAAGCCGAGAUCCUGUCGGUGCUUGGUCUCUCAACCCAUGGAAGACUCGAUUUCUCUUGAACUUCAAGGGAAUUGACUACAAGACCGAAUGGCUCGAGUACCCCGACAUCAAGCCCACUCUUGAGCCUCAUGUCCCUGCCAACCCAGCCACUGGAACAUGGACCAUCCCAACCCUCAAGUUCCCCGAUGGAGAAUACAUCAUGGACUCCAACAAGAUCCUCGAGCGCGUCGAGAAGGACCACCCCGAGCCCUCCGUCCACAAGGACUCACCCGUCCUCGCCAAGCUCUUCUCCAUCAUGCCAAAGAUCAUGAGCGCCCUUCAACCCGUCUACUUCUACACCGUUCCCACCAACAUCCUCAGCGAGAAGAGCCUUCCGUACUGGCACGAGACGCGAUCCAAGGUCGCCGGCAAGCCUCUCGAUGAGUUCCACAAGGAGAAGGGCGGCCAGCAGGCUUGGGCUAACGCGAAGGCACCUAUCCAAGAGGUUGAGGCUCUGUUGAAGGAGAACUCCGAAGGACCUUUCUUCUUGGGAAAGACCCCUAGCUACGCUGACUUUGUCUGGGGUGGCUUCUUGAUCUUCAUGCAGCGUAACAAUAUCAUUGACGAAGUGUACAAGAUCAGUGGUGAUAGCCAGCUUCACAAGGACCUUCUUGAGGCUACCGCUCCCUGGCACAAGCGAAGUGACCACUAAGUCAUAGAUUAUCGAAUUUAUUGGAACACGUGUUAACGAGAUAAACGAGAUACAGCUUAGAGAAGAAAAAGAAAGACACGAAAUAGACACCCUGAAAUACAACGACUCUCAUCAAAGA